GUGAAAAACUUAACAUGAUCCACACGAGGGGCGUGCCCGGGCGUGCAGGCGGGGCAACGGGAGGCAGCGCCCGGCCAGGAGCCGCCCCUUCCUUCUGUCGCUCCGCCGCUCGGCCUCAGUGCUCCGCCGAGUUAAGGCCAUGGCACUGAAACAGGUUUCUAGCAACAAAUGCUUUGAGGGUUUCCAGAAGGUGUUUGAACAUGACAGCACAGAGCUAAAAUGCAAAAUGAGAUUUGGAAUCUACUUGCCUCCAAAAGCAGAAACUGGAAAGUGUCCUGUACUGUAUUGGCUUUCAGGGUUAACUUGCACGGAGCAGAAUUUUAUAACAAAAGCAGGUUUUCAGCAAGCUGCAGCUGAGCAUGGCCUUAUUGUAGUUGCACCAGACACAAGCCCACGUGGCUGCAAUAUUGAAGGAGAAGAUGAAAGCUGGGAUUUUGGUACCGGUGCUGGCUUUUAUGUGGAUGCCACUGAAGAUCCUUGGAAAACAAACUAUAGGAUGUACUCCUACGUGAAGGAUGAGUUGCCUAAACUGAUAAAUGCCAAUUUUCCAACCAACCCCGAACGGAUGUCUGUUUUUGGGCAUUCCAUGGGAGGUCAUGGAGCUCUCAUUCUUGCACUGAAGAAUCCUGGAAAGUACAAAUCUGUAUCGGCUUUUUCUCCUAUCUGCAACCCUAUGCAGUGCCAGUGGGGGAAGAAAGCCCUUGGUGGAUAUCUGGGAUCAGAUGUAAGCAAAUGGGAGGCCUACGAUGCUACGCAGCUUGUGAAGUCCUAUCCAGACUCUCGCCUGGACAUCCUGAUUGAUCAAGGCAAAGAUGAUCAGUUCCUAUCAGCAGGCCAGCUGCUACCAGAUAACUUCAUCGCCGCCUGCACAGAGCGGAAAAUCCCAGUAGUCUUCAGACUGCAGCAGGGCUACGAUCACAGCUAUUUUUUCAUUGCUACGUUUAUCAAUGACCACAUCAAACACCACGCAAAAUUCCUUAAUGCUUGAACUACUCAAAGGGGAGCGUCGUCUGACCAGCGGGAGGUCGAAGGGUACAGGUGAACAAAACAAAAAUCAUUUGUUGAAGCAGCAUCCGUAAAGUGGAGCUCUUCUGAUUACACUGCUAAUAAAAUAAACGUCCCACUUUAUUUGAUGCU